AUGGUCCAAGGAAAACACAUUAAGAUUUCUUGUCAGGUCUGCAUCAAAGGUCAUAGAACCAAAGAUUGUAAUCACAAAUCUAUUAUUGAACCAAAUGAUCCCGGUUACAAUGGUUCAAGAGGUUGUUUAGAAGUCAUUUCUAAGAAAGGACGAAGAAAAUCAAGAAUUCCUGAUCAAAUCGGUGGUGUUGGACUGGGAAAGGUAACAUUAAAUCCCAAUAAUGAUAAGUUUAUAUUGAUUGAAGCUAAAUUGGUUCCAAAACUUAAUGACUGGUGUCCAAAUAGUAAGAACUUUAAAUAUGAAUGUGAGUAUCCUUGUUGUAAGAAAAAAUCAAAAGAGCUAUACAUUAAUGAGGAAACUUCUAGUUUUCUAAGAGUUCCACAAUAUUGUGACCUUACUUCAAUUGAAGAUGCUAAGAAGAUUGGUACACCUGUUAGUUAUAAAGAUUUACCAAGUGAUUUUUUGCAUAAUGAUGUGAAUUUCCAUUCUAUUGCUCAACUUUAUCCUGAUAAAUCAGAUUAUUCAGAUCAAGAUAUUAAUCCAUAUGCUGGAAUAGUUUCUAAUCCAAAUCCACAGUCAUCUAACAACUCACCAUUGCCACAAAACGUCCAAUCCAAAAACAACGCCAAACUUGCUACAUCACUCAAUACCAAUUCGAUAAUUCCAUCUUAUAGUGCAGAAUUGAAUUAUCAAGUUCCUAGUGCUACUAAUACUUCCCCAUUGAAUUUCAAUUUAAAUGGUGACACUAAUCAACAAUAUCAUAAUAAUCAAAACAACAAUCAUUAUCAAAACAGCAAUCACAUUAACAAUCACUAUAAUAAUCGCAAUUACUCCAAUGUCAAUAGUAGCAUCAAUCAGAAUCAAAAUCUCAUAAAUCACCAAAAUCCAUCCUUUUUUGGCGUGAAUGGUUCAAGCAAUCCUACCUACAAUAAUCAUUUAGCACAUAACAAUCAAAACUUUCAAGAACUGGAAUUCAUUCAUGAGCAUCCAUCUAAUAUUCAUGACGUUGAAAGUAGUGAUAAUGAAAGUGGUGAUGACGAUGACAGUGAUGAAAGUGGUGAUGACAAUGAAAGUAAUGAAAGUGAUGGAAGUGACGAAGAAAGUGAAGAAAUUGAAAGUGGUGAUGACGAUGAAAGUGAUGAAAGUGAUGAAGAUGUUGAGAGUGAAGAUGAAAUUGAAAAUGAUGAUGACAAUGAAAGUAAUGAAAGUAAUGAAAGUGAUGAAAGUGAUGAAAGUGAUGAAGAAAUUGAAGAAAGUGAAAAGGGGGAAGAGAAUGAAGAUGAUAGUGAUACAAUUGCAGUAAGUGACGAUAGUGAUACAAUUAUGAUUGAUGGUGAUGAAGACCAAGAUGAUGAAGAUAAAGGUAAUGAUAUCUAUACUAAUAAUAGUCAAAGUGAUGAAGAUGAUGAGGAUGAAGAUGAUGAUGAAUUUGAAGAUGAGGAGGAUUUGCCAAAAUUUUAUAUAAGCCCUGAACAACAGAGGAAAUUAAAUCUUGCUAGAAGAUUUAGACAACUUUUAGAAAACAAAUCAUUACUUCAAAAUCCUUAUUCAAAUGAUAUUGAUCUUGAGUUUACGUCCAUUUAUGAUGUCAAUAAAGAGAUUCGUUUGGUAGAGGAGAGAAUCGAAGCUACAAAGAGAAAUGGAAAGAAUUACGACCAAUAUUCAAAUCAUGUCAUUUCAACUACCACAAGCGUAACUAAAUGCAACAACGCUCAGAACAGUAAUGGCUUUAGAUGUGGUUCCAUGCUUUAA